GUUCGCUGUACUUAACGGCAGCUGCAAACGCGUCGGAAAGUCUCCUGAUGCUUGGAGCAGGUGGGCCAGCUGAUGUCGUUGUCCCAGGAGAAUGCCUCGGCCAAAACGCGAGUAGCAAUAGCAGCAGUACUGGUCUACUAGGUCUCCUCGCAGAGGAGGACGAUAGCAAUGGCACAGUAUCGCUCUUCGGAAAAACGACCGCGAAUCGGUCGCUUAGGGACACACGCCAGCUGUUCCGCUAUUCA